CCUGCCGGCGGGAGGCGGCACGACCGGAAGUGGCGGCGGCGGCGCACGAGGGAAGAUGGCGCUGUACAGCGCGGCCGCCGCCGUCCUGGAGGGGCUGGAGCGCGGCGAUGGCGGCAUCAAGAGCCUGGUGUACAACAGCCGCUUCCCGCAUGUCCGGCAGCUGUACGCCCUGGUGUCUGAGACGCUCCGCUACUCCCCGGUGCUGGAGAAGGUGCUGGCUGGCGCCGCGCUGCUGCAGGCCGAGAAGAAGCUGCCCCCGCAGCUGGCGAAGGUGCUGGUGUAUGACCUGCUCUUCGGCAAGGGCCUGAAGUGCGGGGGCCGCUGGAAGGCUCUGGCCCGGCGGCACCAGACCCGGCUGGAGGCCGAGCUGGCCCGCCUGAAGGUGCAGCAGAAAGUGAGCUGCAACGAGGACCUCCUGGCCCCGGUGCAGGCAGCGAGCCCUGGAGAUUCUCCAGCCUCCCAGGUACCACGCUACGUGCGAGUCAACACUCUGAAGACUUGUGUGGAUGAUGUGAUUGACUUCUUCAAGCGCCAGGGCUACUCCUACCUGGGCAAGGCAGCUGGCGUGGAGGAACUGAGGGCCCUCUCCGGAAAGAAAUUCUUGUCGGAUCUUCAUCUCCCAGAGCUGCUAGUUUUUCCUCCACAGACUGACUUCCACAACAACCUACUGUACACUUCAGGACACAUAAUUCUGCAGGACAAGGCCAGCUGCCUCCCUGCGUUCCUCCUCAGCCCGGCUGCUGGCUCCCACAUCAUCGAUGCCUGUGCUGCCCCGGGGAACAAGACCAGCCACCUGGCUGCCAUCCUGAAGAACAAGGGCCAGAUCUUCGCCUUUGAUGUGGACACCAAGCGCCUGGCCACCAUGAACACCAUGCUGAUGCGAGCUGGGGUCACCAGCUUCCAGCUGGCCCAGCAGGACUUCCUGACGGUGGAUCCCAGAGACCCCAAGUACAGCAAGGUGACCCAUAUCCUCCUCGACCCGUCCUGCAGCGGCUCAGGGAUGGUGAACCGGCUGCCGAGGGAGGAGGCUGCCCCAAGCGCUGAGCGGCUGCAGGCACUGGCCGGUUUCCAGCGCAAGGCCUUGAGCCAUGCCCUGUGCUUCCCGGCUCUCCGGCGCCUGGUCUACUCCACCUGCUCGCUGCAUCAGGAGGAGAACGAGGACGUGGUGCGGGCCGUGCUGCAGGAGCGGGGCUCGGCCUUCAGGCUGGUGAAUGCCUUCCCUUCCUGGCCCUGCCGAGGACUCGCUGCCUUCCCUGGGGCUGAGUGCUGCCUCCGUGCCUCUCCUGCUGACACGCUCACCCACGGCUUCUUUGUGGCUGUCCUGGAGCCGUGUGAGGAAGGGGCUGCUAUCCCCAGCUCCUUGCCUGUGGCAGCCGAGGAGAAUCCACAGCACAGCAAGGGAAUGGCGCCGGGAGCAGCUCCCAAGAAGAGGAAGAGGAAAAAGCAGCGGGUGAAGGAGUGAAAAAACGUUUUUAGGACUGCAGCGCCCAGCUGGGAGUGGUGGGGAGCACUCCCAGUGCCACUGCUUGCCCCAAGGACAGCGGGGCCUUUCACAUAAAUAAAGCUUUUGUGCCAGCUGCAGUGGCAUUCUGUGACACCCUGCUCCCCUGGGACCACGUGCCAACUCCUGGGGCAACUGCCCAGGAGGGGGAACCCCUCACCCAGGGCUGCUGGGGCAGCCUGCAGACAGCACCAGUGUUCAGCACAGCCCCCAUUUCUGCACCCUGAAGUGCUCUAGGUGGAUUAAGGCUUUUAUUUCAGUUUCCCCCUCCCUAAAAAUCCUUACCCUGAGCUGAUGAGGGGUUUCAGAAGAGCAUUUGACGGUAGGGAUGAAACAGAUUAAAUUUUCUCUGUCUUCACUGUUGCUUCCAGCGUGUUUGUGCAGUCUUAUCCUGAAAUUGCCACUGCUCGCAGCUGAGGCAAAGGCAGGGGAGAAGUCAAAUAAUAAAUAAUAAUGAUCUUA